AUGAAGUCGCCCAGCAGAGGAGGCGGACAGCCGCCCACCUCAAUCACUCCUACGACGCCUCCUUCAGCUGCGACUGCGAACUCAGCGCCGACCAUCAUCAACAACAAACAAGCAAAGACGGUCGCCGAGGCACCACCACCACCACCACCAGCAGCAGCACCUGAGGUGGCGAAGCCAGCAGUGGAGGGCAUUCUCAGCUCAGGCAGACGAAAGCGAGGCGCCAGCGGCAGCAGUAACAGUGGCGCCCCAGACGCCGGCGCUUCUGCCUCCAACUCCCACAACCUCGCCGCAAAGAACUCCCGAAAGAGCGUCUCCUUUGAGAUGGACCGCCAGAAGAAGGAGCAGCAGCAGCAGCAGAAGAUUCAGUCGCCACCGGCAGCCGCCGCCGAAGAUAUUGACGAGCCGAUGGGCCUGGCGGAGCUGCCGGGCAGCAUCAGCGGACCCUUGCUCGGUCUCCCCUCCACGUCCUCGGGUGUGACCUCGGCUGGAGGACGAGGCUACUUCAAGAACCCUCGCGAGUCGACCUUCCGCAUCAUACUGCCCAGCCAGUACUACCGCAUCGCACCCAAGCCCACGCCCUCCGCCGCCGACUUGGGCGAGCCG